ACCGACUCUAUGAAUUGUCUUAAGAGAUUUCGAAAUGACUUCGAGGAGCCUUCUUAUGACAAUGUGAGAUGUGGCUCCCUAAAUGGACAAAAGCGAUUACGAAGAGAUAUCUCAGUUGAUAAUUCCAGCUGUUUUUCACAAGCUAAUUCCUUCCCCUUUUGUUUACUUCCCUCCUUAUUUAUGAAAUACUAUGGAAUCGAGGGUUCCAACUUCGAACGGUUCGUGAACGAACUUGAUUAGUGGCAAUGUAACAUAUGAAGCUAUUU